AUGAAAUUCUCAAUCACAUUAGCUCUCUGCUUCACUCUCUCCAUUUUCUUAACCGGAGCACAAGCAAAAGUCCCCGUCGACGACCAAUUCCGAGUGGUCAACACAGGAGGCUACACCGACUACAGCCCAAUCGAAUACAACCCCGACGUACGUGGCUUCCAACCCUUCACCGACACUUUCCGUCUCUGUUUCUACAACACAACCCCAAACGCAUACACUCUCGCCCUCAGAAUUGGAAACAGAGUUCAAGAAUCCACCCUCCGAUGGGUCUGGGAAGCUAACCGUGGCUCACCGGUCAAAGAGAACGCCACGUUGACUUUCGGAGAAAACGGAAACCUCGUGCUCGCGGAAGCCGAUGGCCGCCUGGUCUGGCAAACGAACACCGCCAACAAAGGUGCCGUGGGGAUCAAGAUCUUGGACAAUGGCAAUAUGGUAAUAUACGACUCCGCCGGGAAAUUCCUAUGGCAGAGCUUCGAUUCUCCGACCGACACGCUUCUCGUCGGACAGUCACUAAAACGCACCGGUCGGAACAAGCUCGUGAGCAGACGGUCUCCGUCGAUCAACACAAACGGACCGUACAGUCUCGUGAUGGAAGACAAGAAGCUAGUUCUGUACUACACGACAAACAAAACUCCGAAACCAAUCGCUUUUUACGAAUACGAGUUCUUCAGCAAGAUCACUCAGUUUCAAUCUAUGACUUUCCGAGCCGUGGAAGAUUCCUUCGAUACCACGUGGGGCCUAUCUAUGGAAGGUGUCGACUCUGGUUCUCAAUUCAACGUCUCGACUUACAUCUCGAGUCCCAAACACAACGCGACGUUGAGUUUUAUCCGGUUAGAAUCAGACGGGAACGUUAGAGUUUGGAGUUACAGCACGGCAGCGACAGCGACGGCUUGGGAUGUGACGUACACGGCGUUUAAGAACGACGACAGAAACGGUAACGACGAGUGUAGAAUACCUGAGCAUUGUUUGGAGUUUGGUUUGUGUAAGAAAGGUCAGUGUAACGCUUGUCCUACCGACAAAGGGCUUCUUGGUUGGGACGAGACUUGUAAGACUCCGAGUCUCGCGAGUUGCGAUCCCAAGACGUUUCAUUAUUUCAAGAUCGAAGGAGCUGAUAGUUUUAUGACUAAGUACAACGGUGGUUCGUCGGCGACGGAGAAAGCGUGUGGGGACAAAUGUACGAGUGAUUGUAAAUGUUUAGGGUUUUUCUACAAUAGGAGUAGUUCGAGGUGUUGGUUGGGUUAUGAGCUGAGGACAUUGAUCAGAACUGGAAAUUCUUCGUUGGUUGCUUAUGUCAAAGCUCCUAAUGCUAGCAAGAAGUUACUUCUUUGA